AAAUUAAAGAAGAACAUACAUCAACGUAUAUAUAUAAAUAAAUACACAUUAUUGUUCCUGCAUGUUGUUAUAUUAGUGUUACCUAUUCUAUCUCUCUUUCUCUAUUUCUGUCGUUCUGGUUUGGCGCCGUGCUGCGAAUGGCGGGCAGCGGAGAUGGGGUGGUGGUGUUGAAUAGCAGGGCGGAGAUUGAUACACGAGCUCCGUUUAGAUCCGUGAAAGAGGCGGUGUCAUUGUUUGGUGAAAGGGUUUUAGCUGGGGAAGUUUAUGCUGGUAAACUCAAAGAGAUGGAAAAGGGCACAAGUAAUGAGACUGACAAACGAAGCUCAAAGCUAGGAGUGAUGACAGAAGAGCUUGAAGAAACAAAACAAAGCCUUCUGAAGGCAAAAGAGGAGACUAUGGUGAUAGCCACUUGCCUAUCUUCGCUAGAAGAGGAGCUCGAGAAAACAAAAAGAGAACUUCAAGAGCUGAAAUUAGAAAGGGAAUCCGAGAAGCAGAUGAUGGAGUACGAGAUCGAAGACCUUAAAUUUGUGGAAGAUCCACCAAAACCCGAGGCAAACCUAGAACAAGUAAGAGAAAGUGAAAGAGUUGAGUACCAGAACAGAAGAUAUGUAACCUUUGGAAAUCCAACUUUCUCUCAAGUUGUAGUUCCUGAUCAAAAAACUGGGCCGUUUCUCGAGAGACAUCCUUCUUUAAAGAAGAAGAAAAGACAGCCAUUAUUACCUUUAUUCGGAGGGUUGUUUUCGAGGAAGAAGAAGAGCUCUGAAGUUGCUUCUGCCAAAACUCCAUAAUAUCUGCAAGUUCUUACAAGUGAAGCAGUUCAAUAACCAUCCUCCUCAGAACUCGUGCUAAUUUCUGUUGCUGUUUUGACUCUUUUAAUUUCUAUCUUUUUUGUACUUCUUUCCCCCCUUUUCUUUUUCUAUUUUAUGUUGGGGGACUUAACAAUUUAGUAGUAUAUAAAGCAAGAAAUGCUUGAGAUAGUGUGUGGUUAAUGUACGUACGUAAGAGAAGAUCAAUAAAGUUCAUCCUCUUCGCAUAA